CUGGUACUUUAGUUACUCCUUGCCAUGUGAUGACAUCAUUUACAUGCGUAAGGAAAAAUAAUGGAAUCAAGGUUUACAUUGGCGAACAUUCAGUUGGGGAUGAUGUAGAAGUUAUUGAUGCAGAUAAACCCCGUCUUACGAAUAAAGCUCUAGGUGUAUCAAUAUUCAACCUUGCUACGUGUGUUGAUACAAAUGCUCCUAAUGUUGAUGUCAUAAGUGUUAUUGACUCCACAAUCCCAGAUGGAUGGAACGCUAGAUGGUUUGGAUGGGGAACUGAACAUAUCACAGUUGGUUCACAAAGUCAGGUGGUACAGUCUGCAACUUGUCAGAGCAAU